AUGCAGGAAAUUAAACAUAUUCAAGAUAACAAUAAUUUUAGUUACUCUGGAGCAAAAUUAGCUUCUCCCUCGAGUAUUCAUUCUCAAGUAUCGCCCAACGUAAAUAAUAAUAAUUAUAAUAAUAAUUAUAAUAAUAAUUAUAAUAAUAAUUAUAAUAAUAAUUAUAAUAAUAAUUAUAAUAAUUAUAAUAAUAAUAAUAAUUAUUAUAAUAAUAAUUAUAAUAAUAAUAAUAAUUAUUAUAAUAAUAAUUAUAAUAAUAAUAAUAAUUAUAAUAACAAUAAUUAUAAUUAUAAUAAUUAUAAUAAUAAUAAUUAUAAUAAUAAUAAAAAUUAUUAUAAACACAAUAAUUAUAAUAAUAAUAAUAAUAAUAAUAAUAAUACAGAACGUAAAAAUACAGAACUUUCAUCUCAUAGCAGUUAUAGUUCCAUUGGUUCCAUUAGUGAUGGAUAUUAUUUAGACUCCACUCCACGUACUUCAAUUACUACGCUGGCAUCAUCAUCAUCUAUCACACUUAAUAAUACCGAUCGGCUAGAAUUUAAUGAGACUGAUGAAUUAUAUAGAUUACCGGAAUUUAAAGUGAUAUCUAUUUUACAAAGAGAUGAUUUAGAAAUACCAGAAAUAGAUAUAUGGAAUGGUCUUAUCACUUGGGGUAUAAAAAACACUCCAUCAAUUAAUUUUGAUGACUAUGAUACCUCGAAUUGGUCAUCACAAGAUUUUAUUGCACUUCAAAGAACAUUAAAAAAUUGUAUACAUUUGAUUCGAUUCUUUCAAAUAAAUACCGAAGAUUUUGCAAGAUAUGUUGCUCCUUAUAAACAAAUUAUACCUCAAAAAAUAAUUGGUAACUUUUUACGUCAAAAAAUUACUGGACAUCUUGAAUUAUCAACGAAAUCCACGUUAUUACCUCCAAGAAUACCUCCAACUUUAAUAAAUUCUAGAAUUCUUACUGAUCAAAUUGUUGGAGGUUAUAAUCCAAUAAGUUAUCGAAGACGUGAUAGUUUUAUAUUGAAAAAAAAUAAAAAGGAUGAUAAUUUAAAGCAAAAAGAUUCAUUCAUAUUUUCUUUUGGAUCAUCUUAUUAUCCUGAAGAAACAGCAAUUAUUAGUAAAGUAGAUCCACAAUAUACAAAAGAAACAAGAUUAAUAAAAAAUUCUUUGGAUGGACCAUGUUUUGGUUUGGGUCCAGAUCUUUGGAUUAAAUUAAAUAAAUUGGACGAGAAAAAGGUUCAUCAUUGUGUUUUCACCUACGAAAAUAGAAUUUUAAAUAAUGAGAAUGUAGAAUGGGAUGAUAUAGAAGUAUUUCAAGUUGAAAAAAAUGAAUAA